CAGAGACUACAACAGCAAGUUCUAUAAAUAGUCAACAACGUGGUACCAAUGUUUCCAUAAGUUCAAAAGUCACAAACACUACUCAUCAAUCAUCUAAAACCUUGUACCUUGUCUGUUCUUCCAUUGAAAUCCAAGGCAGAAUAAAUCUCAAAAUUCUCUUCCUUUUUCUCUUUUCCCACCUACAAAUGGUCGAACUCAACAUCAUCAAGAACAAAAUGUGGAUCUUUUCACAUUAAUCUACUUCUGUUUCAAUAAUCCUCUAAAAAAUUCGUCCUCCCUUUGCUUAAUGGAAGUUAUGACCAACGAUACUAUCAACAAACAAAGCAACAUCCGUUUUCAAAAGCUUUCAUUUUGGUUCGCCCCUACUACUCGUCCACCUGGUUUUUUUCAUCUUCUCUUUCGCAAGUAGCAACAUCGUUAGUGAUCGCAGUGUGAAAUCCAGAGUCAGAACUAUGUUUUGUGGGAAAUUUUCUUCAACUGGGUAUGAUGAUUUGGAGCUGUUGAGUCACUCUUUGCAUGAGAUUGGAGGUUCUGAUGGUGUUUCGAGAGAUGGGUUGUUGUUGUCAUCGUUGACAGAAAGGGUUGGUGGUAAGAAUGAGAAUUGUGAGGCGAAAGCUUUGGCUGCUUUGAAGAAUCAUAGUGAAGCGGAGAGGAGAAGGAGGGAGAGAAUAAAUGGUCAUCUUGCUACAUUACGUGGUCUUGUGCCUUCUACUCAUCAAAAGAUGGACAGAGCCACAUUACUUGCUAAAGUGAUCAGCCAAGUGAAGGAAUUAAAGAAUCAUGCAAUGGAAGCAAGCAAAGGUUUUCUAAUUCCAAUGGAAACCGAUGAAGUGAAAGUUGAACCAUAUGAUACUAAACUAGGAUAUGGAUGCAUGUCUUACAUGGCAACUAUAUGCUGUGAUUACCAACCUGAGAUACUUUCUGACCUUAAAAAAACACUUGAUGCACUUCAACUUCAACUAGUGAAGUCAGAGAUGUCAACAUUGGAAAGUAGAAUGAAGAAUGUGUUUGUAUUCACAUGUUGCAAAGGGCAUAAUAAUAGUGUUAAUGUUGAAGCUUGUCAAAGUAUUGCAAAUGUUGUUCAUAAGGCACUUGGUUCUGUGUUGGAAAAGGCUUCUAUGUCAAUGGAAUUUGCACUUAGAACUUCGUAUCCAAACAAGAGGAGAAGAAUAUGUUGAUGUGUUGUAAUAUUAUAAGGGACUCUAAAAUUUUCUCAUGUUGAUGCCAUAAAACUAAGUGUGCGAGUGUGUGGACCCGUUAGAGAUUUGUGUUAUUGGAAGUUUUAUGGAGAAAAAUGCAUUGUAAUAAGCCUAAGAUGCUUAAUGUUUGAGUAUGUUUACUUCAAUAAUAUUUUGUUUUCUUCAUCAAAUCAAACACUAAAAAGUUAUAUUGAAUACUUCCAAAAU